AUGUUUUAUGGCCCAGCUUCCCAUACUUCCAUGGCCAUGGUACCAGCCGCCGACGCCCUCAGCGAUAUCCUCACUGCCCAAUUCCCAGACCUCUCACGCGAUGCCCCUAUGCCACUCCUCAUCCGCGCCACAAAUUCCAAAGGCAAGUUGAAGCGCGGAGAAAAGAUAAAACUAUCCACUGUCGUCCAACCAGAUCAAUUAGAAGCUUUUUUUGCUAGAUAUGCAGAAAUAUGUAAAGGUGGCAUGGGUGCGCUUAAGAAGAGAGAUAAGAAACAGGCGAAGGAGAAGCUCAAGGCAAAGAAAAGAAAGAUGGGCACUACGACUGUUCCUCCAGGAGAAGAGAAGAAAUGA